AGUUAUAUUUGAUCUCAUCUUUAUAAAUUAAGUUAAUUUUGUUGAAUUGUUUUAAAUUUGUAACUAUGUUUUCGUUUAUUAAUCGCCGUGAAGCCUUUCGCGAACGUAUACGUGCAAUGGCCGAACGCCAAGAAUUCGAGGAAUUCAUGAUCGCCACUCCAUGCAGUUCGAAAACAACUGAAGAUGAAAUGUAUGCUAAGUUUUUAUAUCAACGUGAAGUAGCGGAAUUCGAAGGAUGUCCACUGAAAUGGACCGAAGUUAGUCGAGAGAAUGAUGAAAAACAACAACAAGAGAGGGACACUAUAUUUCUUCCUGAUUCUGGAAAAGUAAAUUACGAAACUUACACUAAACUUGUUGAAUUGCAAAAUAAUAUCUGUUUGAGCAGACGGAGCUUAUCUGCUUCCAAGGAAUACAAACAAAUCAAACGCUUACGAAAUGAAAUAAAAUCCUCCCAAAAAAGUUCCGUCAAAUCUCCUCAUGAUGUCAGAAUUGAAGAAGACGCUAAUGGAAAGAUAUCGACACAAUCUCUCAAAAACAUUCAAAAUGGAGUCGAUCAAAUGUCGGUGUGUGAAGGAGACGUACACGACGCACUCGAAGAUGACAAAUCGAAAGAGCGAUUACCGGACGAUGACGCCACUCAAAUUCAAAAAAUAAACAUGGCCUCAUCGAGUAAACAGUUGGAUCCAUAUCAGAUCAGCCCCGAAGCAUUGGAGGAACAAAGGCGUCAACUCAGAUGUAUAAACAGGCGUUGUAGUUAUGGCGAUACCCUAAUCAAUGCUGUGGAAAUAGUGUGCACUUACUAUGACGUUGAUUACAAACCUGGCAAAGAGGUUUGCAUGACGUGUUUUACCAAAUGUCUUAAACAUUAUAAAUAUCUUGAAAUGAAAUGGAAGGAGGGAAAAUGUAUUAUGGAUAACAGUUUUCCAAGUUUUGAUUCAUAUCUAGUUAUUGAUUCAUCAGAAGAAGAGGAAGAAGAAGAAGAAGAUGACGAAGAAGAAGUAGAAGAACCUAAGCCUAGUACUUCUAGGGUGGGUUUACCUCCUGACCAAGAUGUUAAAAAUGCUAUUGAUAGUGCAGUCAUUCAUUAUUUCGAUAAAAACAAAUACCUAUUUGAGCAACAAGUUAAAUUAUGCGAUGAGUUUCUUGAUAAAGGAAUAAACGAAUGUUUGGUUGAUGCGGAUAAAAUUGAUAAGCUUGCUGCUGAUUUAGAAGAUCAAAUGGCAUCAUUAAGAAAUGAAAUAUAUAAUCCAUAUGAACCAAUUAGAACGAAUAUAGAAUCUGUGGACAUCAAUGAGUUGGAGGAGAAUAUAAAAGAGAAACGAAAAAAAGUCGAGACACCUCAACAAAAAGUCGAGACGCCUCAACAAAAAGUCGAGAUACCUCAACAAAAAGUCGAGACGCCUCAACAAAAAAUUGAGAUCCUUCAACAAAAAGUCGAGACGCCUCAACAAAAAGUCGAGACGCCUCAACAAAAAGUCGAGACGCCUCAACAAAAAAUCGAGAUCCUUCAACAAAAAGUCGAGACGCCUCAACAAAAAAUUGAUAUCCCUCAACAAAAAGUCGAGAUGCCUCAACAAAAAAUAGAGAUUCCUCAAGAAAAAAUCGAGGUGCCUCAAGAAAAAAUCAACAAGCUUAUAGAGGAAGUCAAAACUUCUAAAGAAGCCAAAAGGUUAAAACUAGAUAAAUCUGACAAGGAAGAUAUUAUCACUAUUGAUAGAACCGUUUGUGUUGUACCAGCUAAUAUACCUCAAGAAGGGUUUUUAGAUUAUCCUAGUAUUGAGAUUUCACAGACUGUAUAUGGAAUGAAGUUAACUUUAACAGAUCCAUGGUAUAGAGGUAUAGUCAAAAGAGUACCUGCAGAAGGUUUUGUACAUGUCCUGUUUCAGUCUAAUGGAAAGUUACUAGCAACAAAUGAAGUUGCAUACUCUACACUGAACAAAGUAAGAUUUCCUGUGGGUUGCAGAGUAAUUGCUAAGUUUACGGAUCCUAAUUCUGAAAGCAUCGAUGAAUUUUAUGCUGGUAUAGUAGCUGAACCUCCAAAAAUGCUUAAUAAAUUUCGAUACUUGAUUUUUUUUGAUGUUGGUUUUGUUCAAUAUCGACAACACCAAGAUAUUCGUUUGAUUGCAUGUAGAACAAGUGUAAAUGAUGUAUGGAAAGAAGUACCCGAGAAUACCAAGGAAUUUAUAAAAAGUUAUUUAGAAAAAUAUCCUGAACGUCAAAUGGUUAAGUUGAAUAAUCAACAUUCAGUACGAGCAGAACAUAACCUCCUGUGGCAAACUGCAAAAGUGGUUGAAGUUGAUGCAUCUUUGGUUAAACUAUAUUUUACUGAUUUCAAACAUAGCGAGUGGAUAUAUCGUGGUUCUUCACGUUUGUAUAAUAUUUUUGAAAAGCAGAGCAAGUCUGAGAAAGGCAUUCGAUUAAGACAAUCUGGACUAGCAUAUUUAAAAAAACCAUUUGUGGAAUUCACAAGUGUGGAAGAAGAGCCCUCUCGCCUAUUGGCUAAAGGUGUAGCUCGUAAAAGUACAAGCAAAAAUUCAACAACCGUUAGUGAGGGAACUCAAAAAUGUAAUAAAAAUAAGGCCAAUGUUUCUAUGGUUACUGAGAUAAUAUUGCCUAAAUCGGUUCCUGAUCCAAUUAAGUAUCGCAAACACAAAUGUAGUCACUCAUGUGUUGCAUGGACAUUAUAUAACUAUGGUAGAACUAGAACUAUUAGCAUGUUGACUAUUCCGUUACAUUUUGGUUUUGUCAGGUAUCUAACGCAGUUUAAUAAAUCUCAAAAAUGUAUCAUGUACAGAAGUCCGUGAGGUAUAGUUAUUCGAAACAUGAAACAGAUGCUUGAAUAUCUUGUUGUUACCAAAAGCACAAUGACUAUUGACCAAUUCGAUUUUAAUAGUUGGGUCAAACCAUUUGCAGAAUAUAAAGUCAUGAAAGGUGUGCAAUUUUUGAAAGAUAUAUCUCAGGGCAAAGAAUUUAGGGGCAUACCGUGUGUGAAUACUAUUAACAAUACAUUACCCCCAAAAAUGGAUUACAUGACUACUAGACGAGCAAUGCCAGGUGUUAAUAUAAAUGUAGAGAGUGAAUUCUUAUGCGGAUGUGACUGCACUGACAACUGCCAAGAUAAAUCGAAAUGUGCUUGUUGGCAGCUGACUAUAGACGGACAGAAGAUUUUACCUAAUCUUUACAAAGACCCAAAUAUUGGUUACAAUUAUCGAAGAUUGCCCGAACGAGUUUUAACAGGUAUUUAUGAAUGCAAUAAAACAUGUAAAUGUUCCAGUUCAUGUUUAAAUCGUGUGGUUCAGAACCCAUUGUCUCAAAAGUUACAGUUAUUUAUGACUGAGAAAAAGGGAUGGGGUGUACGAUGUUUAAAUGAUAUACCUCAAGGAAGUUUCAUAUGUAUUUAUGUCGGUUAUUUGUUGACUGAAACUGAUGCCAAUGAAGGCGGAAAAAAUUAUGGAGAUGAAUAUUUGGCAGAAUUAGAUUAUAUUGAAGUUGUAGAAAAAAUAAAAGAAGAUUAUGAAAGUGAUAUACCUAGCAGUGAUCAUGAAAUUGAAACUGAGACGAAUCAAUCCGAAUCGUCCGAUGAAAAUUAUCCUUGUACAUCUGAUGGUAGGAGAUCUGAACUGACUAUAAAUUUGCGCAAACGCAAAAAGCCAAAUAUCAAAAAAGAUGGCAAACAUGUGCAAGUUCUACCCAAAUUGAAUGCAAUAAAGAACAACCCUGAGCCUCCAAAAUCAAUGCGCGAAUACUUUGGAGACAACGAGAGUGUAUAUAUCAUGGAUGCCAAAACUAGUGGCAACAUUGGGCGUUAUUUAAAUCAUUCAUGUUCUCCAAAUACAUUUGUCCAAAAUGUAUUUGUGGAUACACAUGACUUACGGUUCCCAUGGGUAUCGUUUUUUGCACUCCAUUAUAUACAGGCUGGAACGGAACUUACUUGGGAUUAUAGCUAUGAUAUAGGAAGUGUUCCAGGAAAAAAGAUGAAAUGUCAUUGUGAGUCAAAUUACUGUAGAGGGAGAUUGCUUUAGAUAUGUAUGAAUGAGUUGUUAACUCGUUUGAAGAGUCAUGAGGCUGAAACAAUAUGUAAUUAGUUAUUAGCUUGAAUAUAAUAAUUGAGUCAUUUUUUUUUUU